AUUCACCAACUUCCGACCGCAUUCCAAGCAGCAAAUCACCAUCUACCAUUUGCACCUAAAAAUCAACUAAACACCGACAUCAUGGCGGAAGCAAAUGCUAUUCAAGAGACGGACUCCAAAGUGGUCAAGGAAGACUCCCCCGAGAAUCCCUCCACAGCAACAACCAAAACCACCACAUCCACAUCCUCCACCGAUGCCAAAUCCGCUCUCGCCGCCCGCAUGGCCCGUUUCAAAUCUCUUCAAGCUGCCAAGGAGAGUGGGCGCAAAGCGACAGAGCGCGAAGUACGCCUGGCUGAAGACUCAUCCGCACGGCAAGCACAACUCUCCAAGCUUUCCGCAGCCAACGAAAAGGCCUCUUACAAGCUUCUCAAAGCCGACGACCCAGAUUUCGAGCGAAAGCGCAACUGGGAUUACACAGUAGAAGAGAGCGAGAAUUGGGACAAGCGCAUGGCCAAGAAGGCGCGAAAUCGGGACGGUAACGCUUUUGCAGAUUACCGCGCCGAGGCGAACAAAGUGUAUAAAACGCAGAUUGGGCGGUUGGGCAGUGUGGAUCUUGAGGCGUACGCUGCGCAGAAGGGCGAGAGAUUGCAGCGACAGGUACAAUCUGGGCUGCUACAACUUGUGGAAACAGAGGAUGGGGACGUUUUUACGGUUGACAAGGAUGGGAGGAUCAACACACCUGUGGAAGAGGGUUACAGUCAUGACCAUAAACCCACCAAGGAGGCGAUUGACAAGAUCGUAGACGAUUUGGACAAGGGUGAGGCGGCAAGAAGAAAGGCGAGAGCAGCGAGAGGCAUGAAGGACGAGGACGCGGGUGACGUGACAUAUAUCAACCAGAAGAACAAGCAGUUCAACGACAAACUGUCAAGAUUCUACAACAAAUACACGUCGGAGAUUCGGGAGAACUUUGAGCGUGGGACGGCGAUCUAG